ACGAAGUAUGACCUUUAUCGGGUUCAACCUUCAAUUUGUCCUCCCAACUCCCAAGGCAAUGAGCGAGCUGCUUUGCGCUUCUGCUAUUCAUUCCUCCUCUACCACCAUGUUUUAAUUUUAUGGACGAGGCAGGACAUGUUCGAUUGAAAGGGAAGAUAAGUUACAAAUGAUGAAGAGAAGUAAAUUAGCCGGUGAAGCUCCUAGUGAAAUCCUCCCUGUUUUUGAGUUCCGGCGAAUACAAUUGAACUCCCCAGAAAAGGGCGGUCGAUAAAGCUGAGCUAGGUCCGCUCGGAUGCAUUUGGUUAGCAAUUGUAUUUGAUAUAGGGCGGUCCGUAAAAGAUCUCACAGGUGUCAACUCAAAAUCCCCAAAACAUCUAGGGUUUUUUGUCAUUUUUUCGAAAUUGUAUUUGAUAUGGUGCGAAUUAAACAAGUGCCAUCAUACUGUAUCAGCAAAGAUGUUGUGCUCUUCAGUCACCGUAACAAUUUUCUUCUCCACCACAAAAACAGGACGGAGUGUUCUGGUUGUCCAUGGAGGUUAUUGAACUGAUCAAUUAAAGUGGAACAGUGGAAGCGGCAAAAUGAACACAAGGGAAGCCACACAUGCUAUUAGGAAGCGGAGAGCUUGCUUGUUUCGGCCGCCAAUAACAUUGCUUUGGUCCUCUUCGUUCUCUCCCUGUUCUCCGUCUGCAAGAAGCAACCUUUCUAUUCACCCGUAUAUUUCCCUCGGUCAGCACCCUUUCGCUUCGGGCAGCCCCUCGGCUCUGAGGCGGCCGCUUCCGUUUGUGGAGUGGAUUCGAUGUGCCGUUCGUGUUCCCGAUGACCAGAAUGGCAGAUUCUCGAAACCCAUGGCCUUGACAUCCUCGUCUUCAUUAGGAUUUUCAAAUUUGGGAUCCGAUUCUUUAUAGCAAGUUUUCUGGUUGGAGUACUAGUCCUUCUUCCAGAGUAAUACCCGUAUCAAAUUUACUUCCAGAUUAGGCUCACAAUUUUUAAUGAGCAUCAUAUUUGUUACGAUUGGAUUCAACUCGUUUUUUACUCAUAGUGGUUUGCUAGUUGCUAGCUUUGACUCAAUAUAUUGCAUUUGGCUCUGAACUUGUUGAUAUUGAUAUUUUAGCUAAUUAAAGAUACAAUGGCGCCAUUUCUAAUUAUAAUCCUGGAGUAUUCAAAUGGUUGGGAUCAUCUGUCUAAGGAUCAAGUCGGAAGUGCUCUCUCACAGGAGGAAACUUGAUGGUUUUUUGUGAAGUCAUGCAUGUUCUUCAAGUGGUACUUCAACGGAUCUAUAUCAAGAGGCAAUCGACGGAUUUAUAUACUACAUCAAGUUCAAUGUCAUCCAUUAUUUGUUUGAUUAUAUCUUAAAAAGUUGUAAAUAAAUGAAAACGUAAUGAAUUGAAAACUUGCAAACUUUUACAUUGUUAUGUUUUGUCAACAUCAUGGAUUGACAAGUACAUAAAAGUUGUAUCAAUUUUACAAGUAGAUAAAAGUAUUA